AUGAACUUCGAUGGCGCCAGCGACAGCAAACCAGCACUCGAGACAGUCCAAGAACAUCAUAUAGCUGCAAAUCUCGAGUACAAACCCACGAAGCUGCGGCGUUUCAUGUCCAUUGGCUCAAGGGGGAGUAAACCGUCGAGUAGAAUUGACAUGAACACGAAACCCGGCAGCAUACCACCACUGCAGACGCUCUUGCCACGAUCUACCGACCUCGAGCCUCGAGCUAAGAGGCACACCAAGCGAUCCAUCUCCACCUUCCUCCUACCCACGCCAUUCUCCGCCCAUGAAGAUAGACCAGCAGACAACAAUGACACUGGCACAGCGCAAGAGCCUCUGCUGGUCACCGCGACAGCCUCGCUAUCACUUCCUGCAGCUGCAGUCAGAGAAGUCACUGCAAAACCAUACCAGUCGGUGCAGUCGCAGCCAUUGAGGGACUGGGCAACAAAAUCGUUCUGCGACAUGCCGUUUUUGGUGAGCCGGACUGCUGCACUUACCAGCCAUCCUGUGAGCCAGGAAGAUCUGGAAAGCGACAAAUUUCAGACGCCGAGGGGGUUUGGUGGGCGACAGAUGGGAGAUCAUGUCGAGAAGUGA